GCUAGCUCUCUCACUCUCUCUCGCACAGACACACACACAGACAUUGCUGCUGUCAGGAAAUCUCACUUUUCAUCUGCCUCAGAGAGAAAAAUAUAGGAUCGACUCAGAGAUUAUCUUACUGUUAUAAUUAUAUCCGAGUUAAGUUUAAGAAUAGCAUAUAUGGAUAUUGCCAGCAACUCAAAUACAAACUCUCCUUCUCCAUCAAAGAAUAAAAAGAAGACCAAUCAGCAAGAAUCAACAACCAGGUUUCUUGGGGUCAGAAGACGGCCAUGGGGAAGAUAUGCAGCAGAAAUAAGAGACCCUUCCACCAAAGAAAGGCAUUGGCUUGGCACUUUUGACACCGCAGAGGAGGCUGCCUUGGCCUACGACAGGGCCGCGCGCUCAAUGCGUGGCUCCAGAGCUCGAACAAACUUUGUCUACUCGGACAUGCCUCCUGGUUCCUCUGUCACUUCCAUUGUGUCCCCUGAUGAAUCCCAACACGAUCUCUCCGCCCUUUUUGCCCAUUCGAAACUAUCUGACACUUCAACCGACCAACUACUGUUCUUUGGUCAGAAUGAUCUUAUAAAUGCGAGUCAGUUUCCAAGCAGCUUUCAGUUCUCUGAGGACACCUGGAAUCAAAGCAGCUGCAGUAGCAAUAACACUAGUUUAUUGCAAGAGGAUCUGCAGGUGACGACUAAUAGUACUGCAGGUGCAUUUCAACCGUCGUAUACGGAUGGGACUGCUGAACUUCCACCAUUGCCACCGGAUAUUACGAGCAGCUACUCCUACUCGGGCGAGCCACCAGUGCUUUCAGAGCUGGGAUGUGGAGUUCUGAAUGAAAUGAGUUUUCUCGAGUUUUCCGAGCAGCAGACCAUGGCUGGAUCUGGAUACGACAUGGGGGCAUACCUGGGAUCCAACUCACAAAAUGAUGCCUCGGAUGGGUUCAGAAACAAUUUCUCCAGCUACGGAUGGUUUUAAUUUUUAAAGGUCUUUUCUUAAAUAAAGUUAUUUUGUUGGUAAAAUGUCUUUGUUUGGAUUUGCUUAGAAGGAUGUAUCAGCA